CAGACAUAUAAUAUGUCUGCUCUCGCACCAACAGUCUCCGCAGCGGCGCAGCGUAUAAAGUGGUGUCACUUUCCAUUUUCUAUCUUGUUGCGGAGAAAAGCAGUAGCAAAGCGUCGUGAAGCUAACAGAUUUCUGCGUUUUUUUUCACUUGUAACUCAGUAACUGUACUAUUUUAAUCAGACUUGUUCUAUAAUAUCCGUCAUUUCAUUAGAUUGUGCUAUCUGACACUUCGUCAAAACUCAAAGGAUCGUCUAUUAAAAAUGCAAGCGCUUCUGCUUUUCUCAUUUGCCUGUUUGCAUGCGCUUUCUUUAUCAGCGCUUAUUCGGGAUGAAUCCUCCAAUCAAGUUACCGAAGACGGAAUUCUUUUCGACUGGCAUAAAUUUAAAUCCUUCCAUGUAAAGGAAUACGAUGGAGCAGAAGAUCCCGUACGACGCAAAGUGUAUCUCAGAAACAGCCAGAGAAUUCUUCAGCACAAUAAGGAAUACGCGCAGGGUCUGCAUUCGUACAAACUGGAAAUGAACCAUUACGGGGAUAUUGAACCACAGGAAUUCCGGAAGAUUAUGAAUGGCCUGAAGCGGAACUACAACGAAAGCAAAUCCACCACGCACUCGCUCUUCUUGACGCCGUCCAAUGUGCAGAUCCCGGAUACGGUUGACUGGCGACAGAAGGGCUACGUUACUCCUGUAAAAAAUCAGGGUCAGUGUGGAUCAUGCUGGGCCUUCAGUUCUACGGGCGCGUUGGAGGGACAGCAUUUUAAGAAAUCGGGAAAGUUGGUAUCACUGAGUGAGCAGCAGCUGGUCGACUGUUCUGGAAAGUACGGCAAUGAAGGCUGCAAUGGUGGAUUGAUGGACCAAGCGUUCGAUUACAUCAAGGAUAACAAAGGUUUGGACACGGAAACUUCAUAUCCUUACGAAGCAAAAGAUAAGAAAUGCCGUUUCAAGAAGGAUACCAUUGGAGCAACAGAUUCCGGUCACAUGGAUGUCACGCCGAUUGGUGACGAAGGAAAGCUUAAAGAAGCUGUUGCUACUGUUGGUCCAAUUAGUGUUGCAAUUGAUGCCAGCCACGAAACUUUCCAAUUUUAUUCAAAAGGAGUGUAUGAUGAAAAGUCGUGCAGCUCGGAAGAUCUGGACCACGGAGUGCUGGCCGUUGGCUACGGGACAGAGGAUGGAAAGGAUUACUGGUUGGUGAAGAACAGCUGGGGUGAGGAAUGGGGAGAUGAUGGCUACAUUAAGAUGGUUCGCAACAAGAAAAACCAGUGCGGCAUUGCCACAGCUGCCAGCUAUCCUUUAGUAUAAUUUUCCUGCCAAUCAUGUUCCAUUCCUUGCCUGAUCAUGACUAUAAUCUCACGUCUUUGGUGUGCCAGUUCGGAUUUGUUAUGUGAUAAUUUCUUCAGUUGCGCAUCAUCAGAUUGACAGAUGAUUCUUUUCUUCUUGAAUUCGGGAAUAUGUUAAUGGUUAGAUUCCCGUGCAUUUAGCCUUCUUUUUGCGAAGGUGGCACAGUUUUCAUGUUCCCAUGUUUUGUCUUUUAUGGUUUUUUAAUCUUUUGCACAGUUUCAUUCUUGUUUUAAAACGACGAACAACAAAAAAGAUUUCACAUCCA